AUGCAGGUCCAGGCCCCCCCGCCCACCACCCACCAGGCACCCCAACCGGCAAAAGGUCACAAGGCCCAGCCCUGCGCCCAAAGCUGGCAUGCCACGGCACCUAUGCAGGCCCAGUGUUGCGAUCAGCAAUGCACACCGGGGCAGAGGGGGCCUAACGCAGGGCAGCAGGGCAGCACCGCCGGGCCCCCACAAGGGAGGCAAGGAGCCCCCCCAACCCAGCACCAGGCGGCCCCGCACAGCCGCAGCGCAGGGCGACCCAGGGCAGACCCCGCCCCGCGCCCCAGGGGAAGGAGGAAGCCCGACGAGACCCGAGGCCAGCGGGGCACGAGCCGAUCCCCGCCCGACAGCGGCAAGCCCCCCAGACCCCCGGGCGCAAAGCCCCCGCCCAACUGCCCACGAGAGGGACGGACCCCCGCCCAACACAAGGCGGCCUCCCGCAACCCCACCCGCACCCCAGUACCCGUCCAGGCACCUCCAUCCCCCCCAGCCACCAGAUCACCCAAGGAUCAGCCCGUCAGGCCGGAACCAGGGGACACACCCCAGGCCCACACGACCCCGCGGCACAAGGCACCCCGGGCACCCGGGACCCCCCACCCACGGAGCAAGACCCCAUGGGCAGAGCCCCAGCGCAGCCCCCAUGGGAGUCAGAUCAGUUGCGGAGAGAUCACCCAACAGGCAGAGUGCGGGGGUGAUGGGUAUAGGAAUCUCUAA